AUGAACACGGUGACCAAUGCGGAUGUAAUCAUAAACCUCUACCGCAUUGGAGAGAAGUCCGUACCGAUAUCCGUUGUUGAUCAUACCGGAGAGCUUGCAGGAUACCUUUUUGCAUACUGGACAUUUCCAGAAGAAGAAAGUUCCGUCGUGGUGCUUUGUAACUCAUUCCAACUGAAUGGAGACCCGACAAAUAUAGUGGCACAAGCUAUCACUCAAGCGCUGUUUGAUCUGCAGCCAAAAGUUGAUUUCAUCGCAAUCGCAAAAGAUGUUGUCAAAAAUGCGAAGGCACGCUGGAAUAAUGUGGCUACCGCAUGGAUUUCAAAUCGGAUUUCUGGCACUCAGCCAAAAGACACGAUUACCUACAACGGUAUAUUCGAGAACGAAGGACUUGCAAUGAGGCUAUCAAUCACUUCUCUUCCUGGGCAUAGGGUUGAUCCUCUGAACUCGAAGAAGCUGCAGCUGCGUAUCAACAACUGUCAUAAGCAAACAUUUAAUCUAUACCACUACCAUCACGACGCAUGGACCAUUCUACCAAAAGAUCGUGAUGAGUGUAUUCGCAAUGGUUAUUCUGGUCAUCUUUAUGAUUGGAAUGCGUUCAUCAUCAACUUCAAAGAUUUUAAGGAUGGUCAUUUCGGGUCUAAUACCACUGUCUUUUAUAUGGACCUCCAGACUCUGAAAGCUAGGUCCUGGAGACAUAGUAAUAAUUCAGUCAACUCCAAAGCAAAAUUGAAAAUGCAGACUCACUCACCUCCAUCAGAAGCCAAUAUUUUCUCCUCAUUUUACUGUGAAAAGUAUCUCAAGUGUGCUGGGCUAAAUGAAGAAAGAGACGAUAAGGAGUUGCAAUACAGAGGACUACCUUCCAAGGUUGUCUAG